UAUUCUAAUACCGAAACGUCCAACCCGGAAAAAAAGGCAAGUCUCCUGUAACCCGAUCACACAAACAAAUAGAGAAUAGUGUGAGGGCGUUGUGCACGCCGGUUCAUCUGUAAGUCUGCAGUCCAUAAAAGUUGUCUAAAAGUUCCUCUGAGGAUGAUCGUAGCCGCUGAGGCAGGCUCUGCGCUCUCCGCUUGGUUUCGGGGCGCUGGCUGUGGCGCACUCUGACUCUCCACAGCGGAAAUGUGCCUGUGUGCAGAUCUGGAGAGUAGUGUGUAAUUUUCGGCUGUGGUGGAGGGCCUCAGCUCAGCCUCGGGCUUUCGGCUUUUGCAGCUCAGCCUCAAUCACGUCACAUGAAAAACUGCUGAGUGCGAUGAUUAUGUGAUAGUGGCAGCGAUGCCGUAUCUGGACCGCUUGAACCGUGUGUGCGGCUUCCUGGACAUCGAGGAGAAGGAGAACAGCUGCCGCUUCCAGAGGCGAUAUUUCAUCCUCGACACACAGGGGAAUGUCCUGCAAUGGUACAUGGACAAUCCACAGAACCUGGCCAGCGGAGCCAGCUUUGUUGGCAGCCUGAGAUUAACCUACAUCUCUAAGGUGAGUGAAGCCACUGCAAAGCAAAAGCCGAAGACCGAGUUCUGCUUCGUCAUAAAUGCAGUUUCACGGCGGUACUACCUUCAAGCCAAUGAUGCAGUCGACAUGAGGAACUGGGUGGAUGCUCUCAACAAGGCCAGCAAGAUCACCGUUCCUAAAUCCUGCCCUGCGCCUCCCAAAUCCGAUGCUAGCACCGUGAUCAGUGACUCUCAGGGAGGGAGGAAACAACAGGCCUAUAAGACGGAGAUCAUUGGAGGUGUGGUGGUCCAUACUCCAAUCCAGAAUGAAACUGAAGAGACAGAGGGGAAGGAGAAGAAGGGAAACAGGCCUGGUGUGCUGAGAUAUGGUUUCUGUGUCAAACAAGGAAAUGUGAGGAAGAGCUGGAAGAGGCGUUUUUUCACCCUGGAUGACAACGCAGUCAGCUACUACAAGUCUGACACGGACAAGGAGCCUCUCCGCGGUAUUCCACUCAGAGACAUUCAAAAGGUCCAUGAAUGUCUAGUCAAGUCAGGGGACCUUUUGUUUAGAGACAAUCUAUUUGAGAUCAUCACCAACUCCCGAACUUUCUACAUCCAGACAGACACGCCCGAGGAAAUGCACGGUUGGAUCAAUGAUAUUGACAUGAAAAUUCGGGAAUUCAGAGGACCUCCACGGGUAACCCAGACUUCUUUCACUCAUAUAUGUGGACAGUUUAAGCGAGUGACGUCUCUCCAUCAAAAACACAAUCCCAGCGGUCCCUCUCGUCAGCAGAGUAACGAGGCGCGGCCCCAGCUGGUCAAGUCCUGCUCUGUGGCUCCAGGCUGGCAACCCUGGACCCCAGUUCCCCCGGGUGAGCCGUCCAUCAUGGACAUGGAGGACGAAGACAGCCCGUUCAGUCCUGUCCCCACUCUGCCUUCGCUCUCCUCUUCAUCCACUUCCUCGUCCACCUCAUCCUCCUCCAACUCCCUGUCCACCCCAACCCCUUGCCCCAGUGCGUCCCAGGUACCUUCGACCAGUGGGCUGGGGAUGCUCACAGCAUCGGCAGAUGCUGCUAGCGGCCGGCGACGGCACCGCUCGCAGCCUCAGCCUCACUCCUCCUUCCCCUUCAGCCUGGAUGACGACGGCAUCCGCACAACAGACGUGUAACGCUGAGCGGUCUGUGCAGACUCUGGUGUGGACUAAAGUGUUGGUACCUUUUUUAAGUGAUGAAUGUGACUGAUGAUGGUAGUAUUCCCUGCUAAUGAAGAGACGAUGUGUCUAUGGCAUGAGAUUGGGGUCCACCUGCUGGUGGUGUUAAUGCUUUGCAGACGAAGGAUGCACCCAGCUGCAAGGAGGAGAGGAACUGUUUUUAUUGGUCCAAGGACUGUGAAAAGGAGUGAUGGAGUAUUUUAGUGCAACUUCCUCUGAAAACUUGAAUAAUCUUGUUAGUUUUCCUUUUUUUAAACUUAAAAAUGGCGGCACAUGCUUUCAGACUCCUGCACUUGGCCUCAUAUUUGAAUCCCUGACACCAGGACUGUGCUUUGCAAGAGUUAUUAAAUAAAAUGUUUAAUGAAAUUUUAACACUUUUAAAAAUUAGGGUUUUUUAUAUUCAGACAUCUCAAAAAUAUACUAUUAGCUUCUUUUCACUUUGUUUCACCCAUGCCAGUGUUUUUCAGUCAUUCAUUCCUGAAACACAUUCUCAUAAAGAAACAAUUACAUCAUCUGCAUAUAGUUACAUUUUACUCAUUUGUAUUUUUAACAGCUUUCAUGUAUUUGCUCUGUUUCUAAUUUUAAAAUUUCUGCUUAAAGAUCAACUGUCGGUUAACUGUGAGUCCGUUUGAAGGUUGAAGCUCGGUACCAUGAGAAUGCUGCAGUGUUACAGUGGUACUUGUAAAACAUCCUGCUGGUAUCAAACCACAGCUCAUGAUUGCAUCAGCUGCUUUGGAAAUGUAAAUGUGAUUGUUGUUUUGCAGCAUUACGUGGGACGUUUUUGCCACUACCUUUGGUAAUUGAACUGUAAUUCUGCACUUUGCAUUAGUACGUGCAUGUAUGUGUAUGUUAUGUUUUUUUUUAUAGUUUUGACUGAUCUUUCACAGUGGUUAACUAUAUCUUCCUCACAUGCUCAGUGUUGCUACACUAGCUUAUGUUGAUACUUCAUUGAUGUGGUACCGUGUUCAUUCCUGUUUCCAUUCUCUGAAGCGUGUGCACUUAUCUACCUGCAUGUCAUGGUAGUUCUUUCUCUAAUAUUAAAUAAUGCUUUAUAUUUUU